UAUUAAUAAUUUGUUGACAAUUUUUCUUCAGGAACCGUAUCAAAUUUCUGUACAUAUUUUAUAAAUUCUCCCCUACGUGAUCGUUAUUAAAAAAGCGUUAAUACAUAUUUAUUUAUCACGAUUUAUUGUUAUGUUUAUCAUAUUUAUGACAUCCACUAUGUUUUUCUAACUUUGUUUUAUAUUUGAUUCAUAUUACUGACAAUAUACGUGUACUUCUUUUUUAAAUUAUGAGUUAUCAUAAAAUAUACAUGAAUCGGUCACACUGAAAAUCAUUUGUUCUCUAAAACAGAAUAAAUUUUUUAAAAUUGGGCUAGACGAUUUAAGUCUUUUUAGAAGUUAAAUGAAUUAGUUUAUUAAAUGACAUAUAAAAACAAUUUUUAAAAAAUUAUAAUUGAUUAAAAUCGCAAAGAAAAUAAUAAAAGCCGCCUUUUACAACUUUUUUAUCUGAGCCUGUAAUGAAAAUUUUAAAAAUACAUUUUGUAGACUGAUCUCAAUUAUAUAUAUGCUGAAAGUUUCAUCGAAGUCAACGUUGCUGCGAGCUACGCUAAAUUCUCAUUAUUUUGUCAUUUCUGUACUUUAUUUUACUUUAUUUCUUAAUUCAUAAUAUUUUUGUUUAUUUUGUAUUUUGUAGCUUUAAUCAUUUUUCAAAAUUUCCUGUUGCCAGAUUAAAAUAUAAAAUCAUACGACAAAAUGUUUUCUAUGACAAAAGCAUCGAAGGAUAACUUACUUCAGAGUGAAGUUCAUUUGGAAUCAAAAGAUACUUCGAUAAUUAUGAAAAAAUCAAUAAAUACCGCAGCCUUUUCUCUUGAAAAUUGUCAAAUUACGAAUGACAGUUACGAAAUCAAAACAAAACAAAAAAAUUUGAAAGAAAAUGAAAAACAAGAAAAAACGCAAAUAAAAAUUGGAAGUUCAAAAGUUUCAAAAUCAGAAUACCAGCAAAUGAAGCCUACAAUCGCAAAAUUGAAAGAUAUUGAAUUCAGAGUGGAAAAACUUAAAACAGAAGACAAAGAGUCAAAAAGUUUUAGUGAUAUUACUUUACAUCAAACCAAUGUUCCAGAAUACAAAAUGAUUCCCAUUUCCGAUAAAUUUGAUUUUCAAAAACCCUCGAAUGUUGCUGUUCCUCGAAAAUGUCCUCCGCUUUCUAGUCCGCUAUUGAGUGAACGUUCACUUGUUUUAUCAACGCAUCUUGUACCUUCGCUACCAAUUAGCUUAUUCGAAGUGCUUGUAGAAGCAAUCGAAGUUGCUACCGAAAAACCUGUAGUACUGUUGUAUGAACCCAGAAAUGACAGACCAGUUGCAAAAGAAGUUGUGGAUAUUGCUAUCUUAUCAGCAAGUGUAGACUGGGAAGAUGGUGAACUUCUACCUGUGAGUUUCUGUUUCGAACAUCAUCUUAAUAAAGACAAUUCAUCGUGCAUUUAUGCUGAUGUUGUUGUAGCUACAGACCGCGCGCUACACGUACAAGAUAUUACAGAUCUUCGCGGUCAUAGAUGUUCUCUCCCAGAUCGAAAGAAAAAUAGUGGAGUAGCAGCAUUGUUAUUUAACUACUUAUACGCGAAAGGUGAAAGUCCAGCUUUUUUCGGCAACACGCUUGAUGCUGAUACACAGAUUGCUGCUUUACAAAUGGUUGCAGGAAAACAAGCAGAAGUUGGAAUUUUAGAAUCUCCUGUUAUUAAGUGCCACAAAAACACAUUACCAGGAAUCAAUUCGCUUCAUAUCUUAACAAGUUUAGGACCUUUACCACCUUAUCGCAUCAUGAUAAAGAAAACACUUUCAGACGUCCUCAAAAGAAAAAUUACAACUUACUUACUAAACAUAAAUCAAGACAAAGAAUGGAUAGACAGAUUCGCCCCUUUUGGGAUUACUAGAUUCGCCACAAAUUUUGAAGAAUUAUACAACCUCGACAGUGUAAAAUCUGUAGUUACAAGUGUACCAUACUACUAAGAUUAUGUUAUUCAUAUUGUAUUAUUUCUAGGCAUAUGCAUAAUUAUACAUACAUCACUUAUUAUUUUUA